AUGGUCCAGAUGCUGAUGCUUUCUAAGACAGUUGUCGGCAUGUACAACUACAGACCAAUGGCGUGGAAUGGUGAUCUGGAGAAAGCGCAGCGGAAAUGCUUUGUGUCCUUUGCGACGUACAAUAUCACAAUGACCGCACUCAAUUUACCACUCUUUGUGUCCUUUAUGUUGGACGUACUGGUUGUGUUAUUCCCGGCAUGCGGAUUCCAAAAAGGCGUGGGAUUUAUGCACAGUUCCAAUUUUGUUUCUACAAUUACUGAUUUUAUAGCCAGCGUAUGCAUUUCUGUUUUAUACUUUUGCCCAACAUUUCCCAGUAAAAUUGCUGCUCGGUCAGAGACCGUUGAUAACCAGUUUCGAGCGGCAAUUUCUGGCAUUGUGACAAUUAUUGCACUGGAACCUUACCGAAAGGCAUUCCUUUCGAUGCUCCCUACAAAAAUGCAAAUGAGCAAAAUUUACAGCAUGAAUGACCAUGUAGUUAAUGUGAAAGCACGUGAAACACCGAUCUAG